CCAUUAUUCACACAUCUCAUAAGCAAAAAUGAAAGCUAUGGCAGCGACUAGAUUAUUAUUGGAGCUGUCCAUCUUUCUGCUGAUCACCGCCGCGGCAACCACCGCCCAAACCUACGACUCGGCCUCCGGCCGAUGCCGCGAGGGGAACGGUGGUGACAUGGAACUGGCAGGGCAGAUAAUGCAAUCCCUCGUCCACGAUCUGAUCGCGAAAUUGCCGCAUAGACAGCAGACGAACUACUGCAACGAGCUGACGCAGGACGGUCUGAAGAUGUACGGCUACGCGGAGUGCCUCCGUCGGGACGAAAACGGAGACGCCAGCAUGGGAGAAUGCACCCACUGCUUGGCUAUGGUGGGUAAGUCACUGAUCAUCGGUUGUCGACAAACCGGCGCCGGCUCCUCCACGGAUCUUCGCUCGGUUUGUUUUUUCAAUGUUGGAUACUCCUUCGAUGUUUGUCGCGAGGGGAGUUACUAGCUAGCUAGUAACUUUUUUUUAUUUUUUAUUUUCCGUGUUUGUAGUCCUCCUCCUUUGGUUCUGUAAUAUUGGCUACUAGCUAGCUAGUCAGUGACGCUGACUAGCUAGCUAGACAGGUUGAUGAUUAUGGGGAGGAAAGAAUGUAUCGUAUCCAAGUGAUGAUUUACUUUCUCGAGUGAUGGUGGUUACUAUAUUAGAAAGUGAAUUUCUUGAUUUCAAGCAGAAAUAAAAUUAAUUUUAUAUCAAACAACAUGUUUCUUGCUUUGCCUUCUCAGAGCGACGCCUACGUUCGUUGUAAUCAAUUUCUUGUUAUUUACAAUUUGAUCUGUCUGGUUAAAUUAUCUUUCCCGAAUGAUUUUUUUUAUAUCGAGGUUAUUUGUCAAGGAUUGGUUGGUUCUAAUAAUUCGCAUUGUUAAUA